AUGCCACCACCAUUCCCAUUUCCAUUUUAUAUUCGUCCACCGUCUCAUAUACCGAACAAUAGCACAGGAUUACAACGUGCAGUGUCACCACUUCCUUUGUCUCUACCCUUAACCAUAACCUCGCUGAAAUCCUCGAAGAAUAUGCGACGAAGGAGUAGCGGCUCAUCAGCACAGUCGAUCAGUUGUGCUGCAAGCACUUCAUCAGCAUCCAACUGUGAAGCGGUGUCAUCACAAGAUUCGGGACGUGCGACAGGGGGAUUGGCGUCGUCGCUAUCCCCCAUGGAUGAAGCAGGGGAUGUGCUUCCUAUGUACGAGUUCGAAAUCCCUAACACCUUAGUUGGUUUAGUAAUUGGAAUCAAAGGAAAAACAAUAAAGGAGUUGAGUUCGAGAACAGACGUUCGAAUGCUGAUACGACAACAUCACACCCCAGAGAAGGUCGACACCCAUCAAAUAUGUCAAGUUCGCGGUAAACGGGAACAAAUCAAUCGUUGUCUACAGAUGUUGCGCAGACGAUUUCCACCUGCACGAUUUCCAGAAUUAAAUUUGCAACCUGUUUUACCACCACCACUUGCAAGCAAUUUAUUCGAUGCUCUAGCUUCACAACCUAGCUGGGUACGUAUUCGACUUAAAGGCACAGUCCACGAUUACCUGAGAAAUAGAAGGUUCGAGUAUAAUGUGCGCGAGUCUGCAGCCGCGCAAGGUUUGCCACCUUAG